AUGUUUGAAUCCUGCUGGAGAAAACUGGGAAACACGUGCACUGUCACGUUCACGGGAAAUCAAUCUCUAAAUUAUUUCGCCAACCUGAAAAACUUGUGCUGGUUUUCGGAGCCAAAACUUGAGGAAGAGAUAAUGAAAUUGCACAAUGUCGUACGCAAUGCAACAGUAGAGGGUUACCAUAUUGUUGUUGGGACUGGAUCAAGUCAGCUCAUUCAGGCUGUAUUAUAUGCCCUUUCUGAUCCUUUAAAUGAGCCAAAGCCUAUCAGUGUUGUAUCGGCUGCUCCUUACUACUUGUCAUAUCCAGAAGUGACAGAUUUUUUAAGGUCAGGACUCUACAAAUGGGCAGGUGAUGCACAUAAUUUUGAUAAAGAUGGGUCCUACAUAGAAAUGGUAACUGCCCCAAAUAACCCUGAUGGGGUUAUGAGAGAACCUGUUGUGAAUAGAGCUCAAGGGAUGCUUGUUCAUGACCUUGCUUACUACUGGCCACAGUACACUCCCAUGACCGGUCCAGCAGAUCAUGAUGUUAUGCUGUUCACAGUUUCUAAAUGCACUGGACAUGCAGGAUCAAGAAUUGGAUGGGCUCUUGUUAAGGACAUAAACGUAGCAAGGAAAAUGGUGAAGUUUAUUGAGAUCAACACAAUUGGAGUGUCCAAAGAAGCACAACAAAGAGCAGCCAAGAUCCUGGAAGUGAUUUCUGAUAGCUGCAGCCAAACCGUUAGGCUUCCGGAGUUGGAUAACUUUUUUGAAUAUGGCCAGCAACUCUUGACUGAAAGGUGGAAGAAGUUGAGGGAAGUUGUUAAACGCAAUAAACUCUUGACUCUACCCACGUUCCAAAUUCAGUACUACAAUUUCACUGGAGACUUCACUGAGGCACAUCCUGCCUUUGCAUGGAUGAAAUGCAAAGAAGAUGUGGACUGUGAGAAACUAUUUAGAGGGCACGGAAUUCUAACAAGAAGUGAAAAGCGCUUUGGGAGCGACCCAAAGUGUGAGAAUAAGCAUGCUGAGCAGGGAUGA